UCCAAUACAGCCCACCCUGUCAGGAGUUGGAGUCAGGGUUGGGGACCUCCCUGCCUGUUGGCCAGGACCUCCCCAUGUUUGGCAUGUCGAGCGAGCCGCGGCCAUGGGAUACUGAGGGCCUUGGGAGUGGCCCAAAUGGGGUCUUCGGUUUGGCCCUCCACCCCCGACCUCGGGUAGUAAAAUGGAUAAGAACUGAUAUAAUUGUUUUCGUCCGCGGCGGUCAAGGGGAGCGGCGGCGGGGGGAAGGGGAAGGCGGUGGUCUCGUCGGAGAGGGCGAAGAAGGUGGAUGGAUCGGGGAAGGCGGUCUCGAUCUCCAAGCAGAAAGCUGUGACUGUCGCCUCCAAACAGGGGGUGAAAGAAAAAUCGUCAUCAACUUCUGCGAGAACUGUUGCCAAAACAAUCAAAACAACGGCUGUCAAAGUGAGGGCUCAGAAGAAAGUCUAUUCCUUGGCCGGCCAGAAGUAUGAUCCUCCUGAAGAGAGAGAACCCUUGCGGAUAUUUUAAGAAUCCUUAUCAAAGCAGAUUCCAUCAAGUGAAAUGGCAGAGUUCUGGUAAGACUAUUAUUCUCAUGUGCCUUUCAUCCCCUCCUUCCCUAUAUGCCAAAAUGGAAAAUAAAUGAAGUUACUUGAGCUUCUAUGUUGUUGUAAAUAUUCUACUUGCUUUCUUUGGUUGUAGUUUGCGGUUGGAUUCUUACUGUUCUGCCGAAUGUUUUAUUAAAUUCCUUCUAGUUUUAAUUUAAAACAGAACUCGUACAUUUAGGUUUUGAAUAUCAUAAACUUAGGGCAUGGGGCAUUAUGCUUGUAUAAUUACUAUCUUGGAACUAGCGCUUGAUGAGUACAUGCUGUUCUAUGGAACUUAGAAAGCAUGCUUUAUUAAUGUCUCAUUUCGAGCUUGUUAUAGAUGCCAGUUCAAUGACCUUCCCUUUUCUGCUUGUACUUCUAAUUUCCUGAUGUUCAACUAAAAAAGAAUGUUGCCUUGUUGCAUGCAAGAACACAUUAAGAUUUGUACGUAUUGGCUUGUUGAAUUUGCCAAAUAAUUGAACUACUUACUUCCAAUUUUGGGUUACUGUGUAAUGUAUUUCUGCAUUUGUCAGUUAACUUUGGCAUCUUCAUGUAAAUGAUAGAUUUCUUUCUUUCAUUAACCCCCUUGAUUAUUUAAGUAGCGGCAAUAAUGGACGAUAAUUAUGUCAUAAGCAUAGUGCAUUCUUUACAUUUUCUUAGAGCAUAUGAAAAGAUUGAUGCAGGACAGCAGGAAGAGAAAGGAAGAGAGAAAAGGGAGAGAGGAGAAAUAGGGAAGAAGAAGAGAGGAGGGAGAAAGAGGGUUGAAGAACUAGGCUUCGCAUCUAGCUCCACUCAGAGUUUCACACGCCAGAGCUUGAAGAAAGAGAAUCAAUUUUUAUUUCCUUCAUAGCAUAAUCCUAAACGAUAUACCUUCUAACAUAUUUAUAGACCCAAAAAUGCCCAAAAACCCUAAAGCUAUGAAGCCUCACAAAAGAUCCUCAAAAUAAUAAAAUACCAAAAUAAGCCCUAAAGGCUGUCAAACAACAAAAUACCCUAAUAAACCCAAAUAACAUAAAAUCACUCCCAUAAUAAAAUUAAACUGGUUGGACCACCCUUCUGCGGCGAUCGUAAACUCGAGUGAUGGGUGACCUGGCACUGGUGUCCGCACCAACUCCCCCCAGGUAGGAAGAAGUCGACCUUGAUAAAAGUGGCUCGGUGUAGCCCCGGUAGUACUCCAACAAGUCCAGGUCAAUCUGUUGUAGCUCCUCGCGCGGGAUCCAAGUGUAGCCAGAUUUUGAUCAUCCUCGGUGGCGGCAGGAGAUGGCGUGGCGGAGCAGCGAGGGUGGCGAUGCGGCGAGGGCGACGGCGGCACGGCAUGCGGACGAAGAAGACGAACAGCUUGCCUCGACGAGGGACCAGCUCUCCGGCUUCUAAUCCUGCCACAUGGUACGGCUCCAGUGAAGGAAUGAUAAGGUCCGACAGGGAGUGAUGGCUAAAAGGGAUGAUAGACUGGCUAACUGGGGCUGGCUGGAGGGUCUAACAAAGGUUGAGGAUAUCCUAGGUGCUGCUGAAGCUCAGGCAGAAGUAGAAAUGGUCUCAAGCUCUCAAAUAAGUUGACCCAUGGAAUGGAGAAGAGAAACAAUCUCGAAAAUGAAAGAAUCAUUUAUCCCUCUAGUCUCUCCUCUCAUCUGCCAGAUCCUAGACUCAACAAACCUCUAAGACUUCCAGCCUCCACUCUCAGAUAACUUGGUGCUCUGCUCAUGAUCUGGUCAAGCUGAUAAUCUUUGAGCGCUCAUCACACACUCCAAGACAUCAAGGUGCGCAUGUCAGUGAGCUCAAGUCGAAGUUUGAUUAUCAUCUAAAUGAGAGUAACAAUAUGCGACACUAGAGCUGUCAGUCAGCUAAGCUUGAUACAACAUCGGAAGUGGUACCUGAUAGAAGGCAAAUGGCUAAUACUCUAAGCUCUCCUCCUUUGUAGAUGCUCCAGCAGCUAGCAUCAUAGCAGCCACCUGCUCAACCACAUUGCAAGUUGAUCAUCAUCCAGCCUGAAAGUGGUUGGUCCUAAGCUGUUGAUGCAGAUCAAAGAAUUGCUGAAAAUUCCCCUGUUGCUGAAGUUCUGCUGGCCUGAGAACAGGGUGGGUAUGGAUGCGACGAAACCAAGAAAGACGAUGCGGAUGGCGUGCGAUCCUUGGAUUCCAACAAAUUUCACUUGAUCUCCUGAUCCUAGAGAUCAAUCCCACGGUCUACAAGAUCCUGAAUGUUGGUUUAACUGAGUCCUACUUUGUUUGAAACUUCUGAACUUGAGUCUGUUAAAGUCUGAAUUUUGUUCCGAAAUCUGGUUUGAUUUUAGUUUGAUUAGGAGUCUGUUUUAAUUCGAAUUGGGUUAGGAAUUGAGUCCUUAUUGUUAGGGUUUAGAGGGAGCUCGUGGCCCUAUAAAAGGAUUGGUGUAAAGGGCCACCAUCUCCUUCCUUUGGCUGUUAUUUUUUUUUGCUUUCCGUGAAUGAAACUUGAAGCUCUAUUUUCCUGAGCCCAAAACUCCUCUAUUUCCUGUUGCUGUAAUCUGCAGCGGGUUGCAGGAGAUAGAAUCCUACGCUUCCCCGCAUCAUUUGGUAUCAGAGCAGGCUUCUCCUACUUCAAUGGCGGAUGACAGCGUUGCGAGUGUUCACCCUAGCGACGGUGAUCACGGGGUGCCGGCCCUUUGGGCAGUGAUCCAAGGCCUUGAAGAUGUUGUGCGCGACAUCCAGCAUGCACUUCAAGAGUUGAGGAUCGGAAAUCAUGGAGAUCUCAACCGGGAUUGGGUGCCAGCCGGCGAGGCCUUCCCUCGUGGACCACUAGCACUGGCGUGAGAUGUUCCCCACCGACGUAGGCAGCAGCCCCUCAUGGACUCGUCCGAAGAGGAGGAAGAAGGACCCGCCUUCUUCGAGUUCGAUGGUCUAUGCCCGAGAAGAAACCCCAAGCAGGCUGAUUUCAGGCGUGCAGGGGGUGAACGACAACGUCGAUCACCUGAUGGAAGAGGGGUCUACGAUGACGUUGGCGGGUGGCGUCCGCGACGGAACCCGAAACCAGCGGGUUUCCAGUGUGAAAGAGGAGACCACGGCUCCUCUGAUUUUAGACUGAAGGUGGAUCUUCCAACAUUCAACGGCAACCUCCACAUCAAGGGUUUUCUGGAUUGGCUGGCCGAGGUGGAGAAAUUCUUCGAUUACAUGGAGAUCCCAGAUCAGAAAAAAGUGAAGCUGGUUGCCUACAAGUUGAAGUGUGGAGCCUCCGCAUGGUGGGAGCAACUACAGCACAAGCGUCUGCGGCAGGGAAAGAUGCAGAUCUCUACCUGGCGCAAGAUGAAGCAGCACCUGCGGAGUCGUUUCCUCCUGCCUGACUAUGAGCAGGCACUCUACCACCAGUAUCAGAAUUGUCGACAGGGCCCCCGAACGGUGACCGAAUACACAGAUGAAUUCAAUCAACUCAAUGCCCGCAACAACCUAUUGGAAACAGAAAAUCAGCAGGUGGCGAGGUACAUUGGCGGGUUGAAGCCGGCGAUCCGAGAUCAAGUGGAUCUUUAUCCCAUGUGGAGCCUAUCCGAAGCCACGAGCUUAGCCUUGAAACUGGAGGCACAGGCGACGCGAAGGGCGAAUCAGUUUCAGCCCACAAAUCGGGCUGCUCCUUCACGCCCCACCACUGCGAAACUGAAGGGCAUUGAUGGUGCCACCUCUUCGAGUCAGCCUCCACCUCCAACUAUAUCAAGGGGCGUCGAAAAUUCUAGCAAGCAACCUGCAGCACCGAGGGGCAGCAAUCCUUAUGAAAAGCCUAUGCCCAUCAGAUGUUACAGGUGUUGAUGAAAGCACAAAAGUGCAAUCGUCAUACCAUCUUAAUUAGUAUUUUAGCUAAUUAUUAAUGAUAAAAUUUACUAAUUAACGUUGUAUUUGUAUUGAGUGCAAAUAAUCCAAGAGACCCAAUAACAUUGGGUUUGAGCCCAACGCAGCCGGCACGUCCGAGAUCUCCCAGCGUAUCACGCCCACGUGCCAGCCCAUCUGCAUCCCAGCAGCCCGCAUUCUUCAUGCGGUGGACGUCCCAGCUGCCGUUCCGAGCAAAUGCAGCAUCCCAGAUCUCCGUCCAAUCCGGCACCUAAAGAAGGAAACCAUCUCCUCUUCUUCCGGCCACAGCAGCGGUUAGCAGGGGAUUUUUAGCAUCCCAGCACUCCAUCCGUCCGUGGGCCAAAGAAGAAAGUCCAUCUCCCGCUCCAGGCCGUCCGCAUCUUCCGCCCGUUCCCACCGCGCCUCACAGCCGCUCCAGGCCGUCCGCGUCUUCCGCCCAUUCCCACCACGCCUCAAAGCAUCGCGUCCGAGCCACAUCCAAAGCUCCUCCGUCUCAACCCGGAUGACCGCCUCUCCUAUGAUCGCGUCCAGCUGCAUCCGAGCUUCCCGGAUCUCUUUCGUGCCCCAGCAAUCGGGUCCCCCAAGCAUCUUUUGUGAUCAACGCCCACAGCAUCUCGUAGCAUCUUCCAUCUUCAGUGUCCCAUCUUCUGUCCGUACUCAUCUUCCACCUCAUCACCGGCAUCUUCCCAAGUCCGUGAUCCCAGCAUCCAGUCUUCUUGUGGAUCAACCUCUUAUGACCACUAUUCUUCGAGUAGAAAGGAUAAGAGUAAAAUUUAUUUAAA